AUGUACUCGUACUUUCGAUUUCUGGCUAUUUUCAUUAUUACUUUUGGUCAUGGAGUAAGAACUGAAGAAGAUAACUACAGUGUCUAUGAAGGAUACAAACUAAUUGAAGUUACACCCCAAAAUACUCUACAAAGUUCAAUUCUCGGCUAUUUCCAAAAACAACAACAUAAAAUUCCGUCAGUGAAUUUUCUCAGUUCAACAAAGUUGCCAAAUGUUCCUAAUCUCCUGUUAGUUCCACCAGAAUCUGAGAUAGAACUUCAAACGGUACUAAGAAGUUCUAAAAUACCCUUUAAAAUAGUCAACAAUGAUCUUGUAACAUCAAUUCGUGCAGAACGUUCUGAAAACUCCCGACGUAGAUCACCAACUGGAAUAGAUUUCGAAUCAUAUCGAAGGUUUGAUGAAAUCUCAGGAUAUUUAGAAGAUCUAUCAAAAAAAUAUCCUCAACAAGCUAAAUUGAUACCAGUUGGUAAGUCUUUUGAAGGUCGACAAAUGAAUGCUCUUCGAAUAACCGAUAGUAGUGAAGGACGUUCUGAUAAAAAAGUAAUAUUUAUCGAUGCUGGAAUUCAUGCUAGAGAAUGGAUAGCACCAGCUACUGCUUUGUUUGUGAUUCAUCAAUUGGUUGAGAACUUUGAUAGCAAUAGAGAUUUAUUAAAGGAUUAUGAUUGGGUAAUACUUCCAGUAGUUAAUCCAGAUGGAUAUGAAUAUUCUCAUACAAAAGAAAGAUUUUGGAGAAAAACUAGAAAACCUAAUUCAUUUGCUUGUGUUGGAACCGAUGCAAAUAGGAAUUUCGACUUCCACUGGGGUGAAACAGGAGCUUCCAACUAUGCCUGUGCCGAAACAUACCGAGGACCAAAAGCUUUUUCCGAACCAGAAACUGAAGCUCUGAAGAAAGUACUGGAGUCUUUUGAAGGAAAUUGUAAAAUGUACCUGAGUCUACACUCGUACGGGAAUUAUCUGUUGUACCCUUGGGGAUAUGAAUCAACACUUCCUCCAACAUGGCAGGAUCUUGAUGAAAUAUCAAUGGCUGGAGCGAAUGCGAUCAAAAAUGCCACAGGAACAGAGUACACUGUUGGAAGUUCAACAAACGUUUUGUAUGCUGCUGCUGGAGCCAGUGAUGAUUAUGCUUUUGGUCCAUUAAAAAUUCCUGUUUCCAUAACUAUGGAACUUUCAGGAGCUGGUAGUGGAGGUUUUGACCCACCAGCAAGCAAAAUUAAGCCAUUUGUUGAAGAAGCAUGGAUUGGCAUAAAAGCAAUGGCAGAAGCGGUAUCUAAAAAGUACUAA